AUGCCACCUGCUGCCAUCUUGUUUUUCCUCCUAUUUGGCCAUGUGCUCUCCACAGAGACUAUUACCUCGGAACGCUCCUCAGUGAAUGGGGAGCCAGUGCUGCUUCUGUUGCGAGGACGCAACCGCAAGGUUCCUCCUCCCCAGCUGGACAUAUGGGGCAAGGAAUCUCCUGCCAUGGCAGCAGAGCCAGAGGCUGCCGAGAUCCCUCCAAAACCCCUACCACAGAUUAUGCUACCCCGUAAUGUGACAGCUGACGCCCUGAAGCCCCCACUGGGUGCCGCUCAGGUUGCACCUCCUCCUCGUCGGCUGGUGGAUGUAGAUGUUUGUCAAGGUUACUACGAUGUGAUGGGACAGUUUGACAUCACUUUCAAUUGCACCAGGGGAACCUACAUCUACUGCUGUGGCACCUGCCAUUAUCGCUUCUGCUGCGAGCAUCAGCGCAGCCGUCUAGACCAAGAGUCUUGCACUAACUACCGCUCACCCGACUGGGCCAUCACGGCGGGACCCAUUACCCAGUCCCCAGUCCGCCACGACCCUGAUUUUGACCCACUACAACAACAAAGCAACAACACGGCAUAUGUCAUUGGGGGAGUCAUCUCGUUUACAAUGGUUGUGGCCAUUGGGGUUAAAGUGGCUUUCCAUAAACUGUCUCGACGACCAAGGAACAGAGACAUCAAUAUGCCUAGAGCACUGGUGGACAUUCUGCGUCACCAGUCCAGCCCUGUCCGACAAGGAGAGAGAAACAACAGUACAGUCCUUACAACUGCCACCUCCAGUGAGGGCACGCUAGGGCGGUCGUCUAAAACCUUCUACCCUCCUGUCCUCCAGAGCAAAGAUAACCGAAUUGGGAAACACAAUUUUGACAAUACUGGGUCCAGUCCUAAACACACAGCUACCAUCGAGCGAGUUCCACGCAUGAACAACACCCAGCUGGUCUCCACAGGAACGCUGCUCUCCAGCAAGCACAGUAAUUCUGGCUUUCACCCCUCUCUCUCUCACUCCUUUCAUAACCUUGCCCAACUACCUCCAUCAUACGAGACCACCAUGAAACCAGAGAUCAGUCGCUACAGCUCCCUCAAGAGACUAGAGAAAAACCUGGAUGACUAUUCUGGAUAUUACACCUCCAAGCAAAGGACAAACAACGCUCCGCCCAGCUUCCACUCCUCCCAGCACCACCUGCACUGGGGCGGUGACUUUACACUGGGUGCCAGAGGUACUCUACCUCACCAUGCAUCCCGCACGCGAAUCCAUGUGCCCAGUUCCACAUCCACAUCCACCCCCAACCCCUACCCUUUACCCCCGACGCAGUACCACCCCACUUUUGACUCAAUGAGUAAGCCACCUCGCCGGGUGAUGUCCCAAGACCAGCUUCUGGCACUGGGGGAGGGCAACACUCUCUCACGCCUCUCCAAGAUCCAGCAGCUUCAGUAUUACAAACCCAUGACCACAAGCAAGAGCUCCAACCAGACUUUACGCAAGUCUCACGAGCGCCUCCUGGUGUCACCAGACCGCCUGGAGGAAAGAAUGAUGGGUGGGAGAAUGGGUGAUUACGGUGCAAUGGUGCCCACCAUGCCCCAUAUUACCCACAACCAGAAAGCGCAGUCCCAGCAGAACGUAUGUGUGACACCAUCACUCGACCGCCAUCACAUGAUCAAAAUGAAUUCACACCCUACCACCGGCAGUGAGCAAGACCACAUGAUCACGGCCAUGUCGUCUGGUCAUGGGGGUGGAACUUUGGGUUGGGGUGAGGGCCACGGUUCCAGUGGAGGACCUGGAACGAUGGGCCAUAGCGCGCGCCGGAUGGCCUUUGCCACAAAACGACAGAACACCAUUGAACAGCUGCACUUCCUCCCUGGGAGUGGCGGUCAGGCACUUAGGACAGGGAGCAAGAAUGAAGUGACUGUGUAGUGAAAAGAAAGAGAAAAUAUGGCUAAGGAGACAAUGGACAGAUGAGGUGUGAUUGUGCAAGCCGAGGAGAGGGUAGACAGUGGGAUAUAAAGAAGGCUAUGACCUGAGACAGAAAUGAAGAACGAAACGGAGGAAGGAGAACACAGAAAAGGCUUGAAGAUUAAUGGGGGCUAAGUCUGUAUCGCUAAGCCUUGAAUGAGAGAAAGAGGGAUAUGAAACUAUAACAAAAGUGAUUCAGUGGAUCCUUAAAUUGCUAAAUUCUCAAUAAUUAGAAACAUGAAGAGGGGGUCCAGAUCUCUUCCGAAUGUGUGUAGCAUUUAGUUAGUGUUUUGAUAGCACUAUUCAGAAAUGUUCUGAGAAGAUACAAAUAGAAUGCAGGUAAAAGUAGAUAAUUAUUAGAAUAGGGCAAGUUUUCUCUAGUGAAAACAUACCAACUCAUUAUCUUGACAGAUGUUAAAGCCAAAUGGUUUAGCGUUCAACUCCGUUUUAUUCUGUUGGAUUAGAUGACAGCAACUGACUAAGAGAACCUUGCCUCAAGAGUUCACUAAAAGUUUGCCAAAUUUUGGGUUUGCGAUUCAACAGUAUGACAUCACAAUUGUGUAUGUGUAAUUUGUCAGUCAAAUGAGGGAACAAUGAGAUAUUCUGGAUGAAACUGGGAAGGUGUCAAAUAGUACACUGAAUUACCUCAUGGAGACUAUGAUUUCACCACUUUCAAAACAAAUGACUUGGGAACGGAUUGUGACUUGGGGAAUACUGUGCGCAUUGCGGCAUUUACCAUCCUGUGAAACUGUUGACAGACAAAUGCCGGUGAUCCGUCAAAGAGAAGAAAGCAGAGAAAAGAAAAGGACAUUGAAACUGUCACUCAUUUUGUGACCUGACUCUUUAGUCUGCACUGUUAAUAUAAGUCCAAAUGCCAUCAGCCAUAUUAGAGUUUAUUCACAUGGAAUACAAUGGAGGGAAACAAUUUCACUGGGAGAUGGGAGUUCAUAUAUUGAAACUAAUGAUCAAAGAUUUUUAGCCUCUUAUAAUGAGACUGAAUCCUUAAAUAAUUACAUGAAUAAUCCUCAAUUUGUUAUUUAUUUUUUUGCAUUGUGGAUAACCUUUUGGCUGUUUUAUAAUAUCUUUGACAGGCUGACUGAUAAUUUAAUUGAUUGAUGGGUAAAUCAGGUAAUACUGUCUGGACUAAUAAUGUUUAAGCAUCCAGAGAAAAUUUAAAUUGACAAAUUUGACUAAAAGCAGUCUCAGCCAUCCAUAUUUGAUAAACCUCAAGCCUCUUUCUUGCAUGUUUGACCAAUCAAAGGACAGCUUAGUAUAAUGGCAUCAAAGACUCUGAAGUCGUUAUGGUUGUUCUGGUAUUUACAAGUGUAUAAGAGAAGAAAUAUACAGUAAUUAUAGGCAUGCACUAAUGUCAAAUAAGACAGCAUAGUCUUCACACUUUAUUUGCAACUCAAGCUGUUCACUAUGUAAGGUUGUAUUAGAGGGGGGAAGGGGAAAAGGGUUGUUAUACAAUGGACAAUUUAAUCCAAGGGCUAUUCUGAAACUUCUUUAUGUGUGUCUGUGCUUCCAUGUUCUGGCGGCUUUUUAACUUUUCCCGCGUCAAUGUUGGGGAUGCGGAUGGUGCGGAAUAUAGAAGCUACAUGCCUAUGAGAGUACAGAACAGAGCAAAAUAGAACAAAUUCUGCAAAGCUACUUUACACUCUGUCACACUAGGAUGCAUUACUAUCUAACUGAUGAGGUAGGAUUUAGGAGUGAAAAGCUGUCUUGUUUAUCUAUAUUAUAUUCUAUAAAAAUGUCAUUUUGUUAGCAAUUUCUGUGUGAUUUGCAGCUGUCUACACAUCAAAUGGACAGUGUUGUGGUGGAAUGUCUGAGAACGACCUGGCUGAGGAAGAUUAUUGGGCCAUAAUACUGUAUAGUACUUUAGAUCACUCAGCAACAUUUAAGUUUUUAUUAAAAAAGAAGAAAAAACAUUUGAAGUAAAUCCUGAAUAUUCAAAUAUGUACACAUGCCAAUUUACGUGCAUAUAUAUAGUUAGCAAUAUUAUUCAUAUACUUUAUUAUUAUAAUUUUCUUUUCUUUUUUUCUCUGUGUCUUUAGAAAUUGUCUUUAUUUCUGAUUUCUGUUUAUAUUUGACUUUCUAGUGGAUUCUAACCUUUGUAACUCAACAAAAAAAGCAGAUGCAAUCAUAGUGAAAAGAAGAAAAGCAUGAAGAUGUCAAAGCCAGUGUUGAUGAUGUCAUAUUGCUGACUUCUGAUGUCAAGGUGUGUAUGUGUCCAGUUUGUGUGUCGGUAUUUUUGUGCUUGUGUGUAUUUCAGUGUCUAUUUUGGAAUGCUUUAUCUCACAUCUUAUCUGACGUUGGAUGGGUUUCAAGUCAGAGAAUGUGGAUUUAAGAACACCUAAGGGAUAUCAACCCCCCCCCCAAAAUAUGAUUUAAUUUUUUUAAGUGAGUGUCUCUUUGAAUGCAAAAAAUAUACAAAAUAAAAAUUAAUUUCAUUGCUGCAUUCACCAAAGGUAAGGAAAAAGAAUAGCAAAACACUAGAACAUUUAAUAUUAUUUUCAGUAUUUUUGUGAAGACAUUAACAUGUUUUAUGCCAUGAGGUAAACAUACCUUGUACAUUUUACUGUCUGCGAACUUUAUUAUUAUUAUUUUGAAAUA